GAGGAAGCUAAAGCAGCAGCAGUGUAUUCUUUGAGGCUGCAGCAGACUAGAGAUGAAGCUCUUUUUUUCCACUGGUGCCUACCAGUGAGAGCAGAGGAGCUACCCAGCAAAUGAGAAGAGGACACAUGCAACCUGCUGUUACUGGAGCCCCUGGCUUCCUCUCUCCCCUGCAGGCCUCUUGAAGCAUACCACAUAUACAGCGACACAUAUGCUUUCAAUCUCAGAAUCGGGAUCUCUGAACCCUGCAGACGCACACAUGUAAGUCGCACAUUUUAAUUUGCACCCAGGUUGUGCAAAGGAGAGCACCGUAUCAAUCGGAUCAAUUUCGCCAUGCUUGACUGAUGGAGCUACGCUUUUUUCAAUACUGGGGCAACCACUCUUCUCCAAGGCCAGCAGUGCAGCUCCAGGUUGGGGGAGGAUUCCUCUGGAUUUUCCUCUUUUCCUCUUCCAGCCGUGGUUCAACUGCCCAGCCCAGCCCUAUCCUGGCGGCGUUCUAAUUAGAUUCCACAGCCAGAGAAGCCGACAGUGUCAGGGAGCGGCACCCUGUCAGUUAUCAAUUUUUCUCUCAUCGGCUCACCCCAAUUGAGGGACAUGCACUGCUUAGUGGCGGAACAAGGAAGACAGGAUGGCUUGAAACCAUGUCUACUUGAUAUAUGAGACUGGACUAUGUGCUAAACCACAUCUAUAAACAGCCAUGUCAGCAGGGGGAAAGUGGUUGUUGAAUUUUGCUGGCUGAAGGUGAGGUCUUCACUCAUGGUAGUCACCGUCCUCUUUAUUGACUUGAAUGUGCUGGUGUCAGUGCAUGGGAUGCCAGUUCCCGUGGCAGCAGUGGCGAGACGCUUAGUACCUAGCCCCUCCCCUUCUUUCUCUUCAAUGUCUGGAGACUUGUUUUAAUGGAGUUUGCAUGCCUGGGACGUGAAACACUCAUAGCUACAGUUGUGAAGACCAAAUAUCAUCUCACAUGGGCUGGUUAUGCUUGGGUGAUGAUAGGAACAGAAGAUAAUGAUGGGUUGUGACUAAAUUGUAGAUGAGCUACCUGACUCAACUCUUUAUUCCAUUAGGAGCUGAUCUGGGACCUGUUACACAGCUUUACUGUAAGCGUCCCACAGGACUUUUAUGACUGCUUCCCAAUACAUUACCUACCCUAUGUGAUGUUAGCAGAGUGAAGUAAUCAAUAAUUUAUAUUUACGAUAUUCAGAGAAGCAGGUGUUUCUAGGCAUUUUACUGUACACACAUAAAUACAUGUUCAGACAUGGUUUUCUCCAGUUUUUAGUUGUGAGGCAAGCUGAUGAUUAGUGCAUCCUAAUGAUGCAUCCUGAUGCAGAGUUAUUGAGCAUGUGCAUGUGUGCUCACAUGAGUCUCUGUAUGUCUGCAGUGCAGUUUUAUUGUUGUUCUCACCUUGAGGAAUAUCUACAGUGGCUUUUAUAAUAUUGUGUCUUCAAGUACCAUUACAAAUGGCCUGCUAUUUAACACAAAGCUUGUGAAAUGGGCUAAAAGGUACUAGUUUUUCUUCAGUCAGUGCUGCAUCAUCUCUGCAUCAUGAGGGAGUGAAAAAAACAUCAAAUGCCUUGCCGUAGGAUUUUAAUAAUUUAUAAAGGACAGUAACCUAUAUUCAGCAUCAUGUCCUAGAGGCUUACCAGGACCUUAAGUGAUAUUUGGUUUGGGUAACUGCAACAUUGCCUGGAUGACAGAAAGAGAAGACUAAGCAACAGGAGAUAUGACUGCUGUCCACACCUGACGUUGAGACAUGAUGUCCUGGGAGAACCUCACACUGUAUCAAACCCUUUUGUCGUGGUUAAUACUUCUUGUCAUGAUUUUCACUCUGGAUCAGACAUUAACUUAACAUUUUAAUUUACCUUACCAGCCUCAGGCUGAGUGUUUUGCUGCCAUUGUGGACAUCGGUUUAUUUCAUUUUGGCUCAUAUUUAUUUACUCUGUCUCUAUGAGAUAUGGGGAGCUCCCUUGGUUGUGUGAAACAACCCAGGGAUGCUGGACCAGGUGGUGCUGCACCACUAUCACCCAAAAGAAAACUUCGCUUCAGGCGAAAACGAAAGGCAAAACAGAAGUUAAAAGGUGCCGAAAGGAAGGACAAGAGAAGCCGUGUCCUUGAAGAGAAGGAGAGUGGAAGCAUUGAAGUUACGGAGGGGUCUAUGACAAGAGCCCCUGAUUCCGCCAAAUUGGUAUCUGGACAAAUAACUAAAGAAACUGAAACGCCCACCAAUGUUGUCCUAGUUCCUGGUAUGGCCCCAAUAUUUGGAAGCACAGGGACAUUGCGGGGCAGCAAGAUGGCCAUUCUUUCCCCAGAUCCCAGUCCAGCCUGGCUAGGGGCACUUCGCCAGUUUGAGGUAGAGGGUCUCAGCGAAGAGUCUCAUGCUGAAUUAGAGCAAGGCAGCACAACUCCUGGAGGAGGAAGAGUCUGUAAGGUUCGAGAGCGAGUUCAGGGGGUAUUAGAGAGACCCUGUCUUUUACGCUCCAAACGUGGUGACCUGGAAAUAGAGAAGGAAGGAGGAGAUGUGCAUGGGCAGAGUGAACUGAUGUUUGGUGAACCCUCGGAAACUGAGAAGAAGGGAGUUGUUCACAUUCGUGAGUUUGGAGGGCAACUUUGUGUGGUCCGAACUGUGUAUCCAAGGGACUAUGGUUCGCCCGUCUGGCGUGACAAAGAACUUGAGGUCCAUUCUGAACCUCCAGUUGCAUCUCCUAUUACUGGAGGCAUUACGAAAAUACAAGUGUCCGCAACUCAAGGGCGACCACCCGGGAAGAACGACCCUGCCAAACCAGCAACAGCUGCAGCUCGGGGGAAAAAAGGGAAGGAGUUCCUGUUGGACAACUCUGCUCAAGUAGCUGAAGGCGUUGGCCCCCCACCACAAGACCUUCAGUCUUCAGGUUAUGCUAGCGAUGUGCCUCUUAUCUCACCCGAGACGGGAGGUGCUGUUCAGACUGACUGGGGGAGCUCCUCUGAUGUGCUUGAUUCUUCUGUGCUUGAGAGUCCCAUUUCCCCCCAAGAGAUACCGGCUCAGCCUUCCGCCCAGAUUUCUGAGAUCUAUGUGAGCGGUGAGUCAGGUGACCUCACAGCGAAAGAGAAGCUGCUAAUAUGGAGUAAACAGGCAACAGAGGGCUACCCCGGUCUCCGUUGUGCCAAUUUCUCCUCCAGCUGGAGCAAUGGACACUUGUUCAACGCUCUUCUGCACAGAUACAGGCCAGACCUGAUUGACAUGGAAGUGGUUGCGCAACAGAGUAACCGUGAAAACCUGGAACAGGCCUUUGAGAUUGCGGAGUCGUUAGGUGUAACACGACUGCUAGAUGCUGAAGAUGUUGAUGUGCCGUCGCCAGAUGAGAAAUCUGUCAUCACGUACGUCUCCUCCAUCUACGAUGCUUUCCCCAAGAUCCCAGAGGGUGGAGAGGGCAUUGCAGCUCAUGAGGUUGAUCAGCGAUGGACAGAGUACCAAUCUGGCUUCUCUUCUCUACUGCAGUGGACCAGACAACACACGGCCCUCAUGGCCAACAGGAGCUUCCCCCACAAUCCUGUGGAACUCAAGGCACUUUACAAUGAGUAUGUCCACUUCAAAGAAACCGAGAUCCCUGCGAAGGAGAGAGAGAAGAGCCACAUCGAGCACCUUUACAAGCUUCUGGAGGCGUGGAUAGAGUUCGGGCGCAUUAAGCUGCCUCAAGGGCUACACCCUAAUGAUCUGGAGGAGGAAUGGGGAAAACUGAUCCUGGAGAUGUUGGAGAGAGAGAAAGCACUUAGGCCUGCUGUGGAGAGGUUGGAGCUACUGCUACAGAAAGCCAAUAAGAUCCAGAACAUGGCAGUAGAUUGUGAGGAGAAACUCACGCUGGCGAAGAACACGUUGCAGGCUGACAUGUCUCAGCUAGAGAACGGGCAGCCAGUACGGUGUGAGAAUGAAUUGGGGAUGUAUCUGCAGGACUGUGAGGCUUUAAUCAGACAGCUUCAUCUUGACCUGCAGGUCCUCAGAGAUGAGAAGUACUAUCAAGUGGAGCAGCUGGCUUUCAGGGUGUCCUGUCUGCAGGAGGAGCUGGUCUCUUUGCGCCUGCACUGUGCCAGUGUGUACAGGAAGGGUCAUUUCUCCACAGGGGGUCUGCUUGGAGAGCAUGCGAUUCAGAAGGGUUCCUCAGGAGGUCUGGCUACACUGGGAGCACAGACACUUCUGGGUGCAGUGGGUGCUGCGGCGUCCCUGCUCAGACGGCCGAUGUCUCGUGCAGACCUGGUUGCCAUGUCUUCAUCUGAGGACGAAGGCAGUCUGCGCUUCAUCUACGAGCUGCUGGGGUGGGUGGAAGAGACACAGGACCUGCUGUUGCGAGCCGAGUGGGGUUCUGAUCUGCCGUCUGUAGAACAGCACCUGCAAGACCACCACAUCAUUCACAAAGCAGUGGAAGAUCUUCUGAAUAGCCUCAAAGAGGCUCGAAACUAUGAGUCAAGGGUCUCGCCUAAUUUACUUAGCAGUUACUCUGAGACUCUAUCCAAGCUGGAGAACCAGUAUUGCAAACUGCUGGAACAUUCGUCAUGGCGACUGCGUUGCCUAGAGAGCCUUCGAACUUUUGUGUCCCACUGCACUGAGGAGCUGAUCUGGCUCAAUGAGAGGGAGGAGGAGGAGCUGGCCUUCGACUGGAGCGACAGCAACACCAACAUGGCUGCCAAAAGAGAGCAAUAUGCUGACAUGAGGUCAGAGCUGGAGGUAAAACAGGAAGUGAUGCGCUCUCUCCAGGAGACAGCUGAUCACCUGUGUCAAGAGAACCACCCAGCCAAACAAACAGUGGAGGCUUACAGCGCUGCCCUGCAGACGCAGUGGCAGUGGAUCAAAGAGCUCUGCAUAUGUGUGGAGCAGCAUCUCAAGGACAACACUGCCUACUUCCAGUUUACGAGUGAUGCACGGGACUGUGAAAGCUAUCUGCGUCAACUACAAGACACCAUUAAGAGACAGUACACCUGUGAUAAGAACAGUAGACUCGGUAGACUGGAAGACCUGCUGCAGGACUCCAUGGAGGAGAAAGAACAAUUGAUUGAAUACCGCAGCACAGUGGCCAGCCUUGUAGGCCGAGCCAAGUCUGUAGUCCAGCUCCGUCCACGCAGUGCAGAUAGUAACCUGGGCACCACCACGCCAAUUCGUACCAUCUGUGACUACCGACAAAUAGAGGCCAACUCUCAGAUCACGAUCAGCAAAGGAGAGGAGUGUGUACUGGAGGAUAACUCUCAGAGGACUAAGUGGAAGGUCAUCAGUUCUACAGGAAAUGAGGCCAUGGUGCCAUCUGUGUGUUUCACCAUUCCUCCUCCUAAUCAGGAGGCCAUCGACACUGCCAGCAGAAUGGAGCAGAUGUACCAGAAUGUCAUGUCUCUAUGGCACCAACUGCAUGUUAACAUGAAGAGCGUGGUCUCCUGGCACUACCUGCAUAAAGACAUAAGAAAUAUUGCCUCCUGGAGUCUGGACACAAUGCGCUUACAGGCUCCAGCAGAGAGGCAGCAGGCUUUAGACAACCUUGAAGCCCACUUGUCCGACUUCCUUACAGACAGUCGCGAGAGCUCCCUUUUCACACCAACUGAACGGCGUGAGCUAGAGAGAGAAGCUGAGAACUGCCGUGAACAUUGCCAAACACUGCUGGUCUCUUUGGAGACAGUGGAGAAGGAUGAGUUGGCCUCUCGUGCUUACCUCUCCGAGCUGCAGAGCAUCAAGUCUCAUCUGGAGGAUGCAGAGAGCAGACUGAUGCGUGGCAUGCAGACUCCACACCCCAGCACAAUAUCAGGAGAUGUGGCAGACAAUGCAGUUCACAUAGCAGAGCAAGAGAAGCUGCAGCAGGAUCUGAAAGGUCUUCAGUCAGAUUUGGGUGAAGUGUCUCGUCGCUGCGUGAGCUUCUUUGAGGAGAAGCCUUCCUCUUCCAGUGUGCCUGUCCUACGCUCUGAGCUCAACCUGGCCGUAGAGCACAUAGAGAAACUCAACUCCCUCUCCUCUGUUUAUCUGCAAAAAUUGAAGACGGUUGACGUGUUGAUGAGAAGCCUGCAGGCUGCAGAAAGUCAAGUGAAAAAGUAUGAGAGUCGACUGAGUGAAGAGGAUAUUGUCCCCGCUGAUACUGCUGCAAUCCAGGCCUUGGGAGAGCAGUUAAAUAAAUGGCAUUCAGAGCUGGAGGAGCAGAAUAACAUAUUUGAGAGUCUGAGUUUAGAGGUCCAGCAGGCUAGAGAGGUUGGAAACCAGCUCAACCAACUGCACCCUGACCGCAGCCCUGAACUGGACCGCUACCAGGAGAAAGCACAGCAGCUCACAGAGAGGUGGAGUGGAGUGCGCAGGCAAUUGGAGACACGGCAAGCGGAUCUGGAGAUGCUGGGUUCGGUGCUGCAGCAGUACAAAGAAGGCCACUCCUCUCUCAUCCGCUGGAUAGAGGAGACCACCGAAAAACAGGAGAACACACAACCCGAGCAGACGGACAGCAGAGCUUUGUCAGAGCAGCUCGCACAGCAAACGGCCUUGGUGGCUGAGAUAGAACAGAACCAGGUCAAACUGGACGAAUGCCAGACACACUCUAAACAGUACUGCGCUGCUGUUAAGGACUAUGAACUCCAGCUUAUGACGUUCAGAGCUUUUGUUGAAUCAACCCAAAAGUCUCCUGUGAAAAGGAGGAGGAUGCACUCUUCAUCAGAUGUCAUCACACAGGAGUUUAUGGAUUUACGCACGCGAUACACAGCUCUGGUUACACUGACAACACAACAUGUCAAGUAUAUUAAUGAUGCACUACGGCGACUAGAGGAGGAAGAGAAAGAGCUGGAAGAGGAGAGGCAGGCACGAGUGGGGCAGGUCUCAGAGCUGCUCGGCUGGGUCAAGGGCCUACAGGAGCGUGCUGGCAGAUCUGCCGAACCAUCACUUGCUGCACAGCAGGCUAUUAGUGAGCAGCUAGCAGCUAAAAAAGAGGAAGUUGCUGAAGCUAUCAGGAGCACCCAAGUCUUCCUGAUGUCAAAACGGGCCAGCAAGCUGUCUCCUGAAGAGCGCACACAGGUGGUCUCCCAGCUGGAUGAGCUGACGGCCACCUACACUCAACUGUGUGACAGUUCUGCCGCACAGUUGCAACAACUGGAGGAGCAGCUGGCCAAAGAGGAGAAGCGCAAGGGCCAAGAAAUCAUCGCUGGAGUAAUUGACCUUGGCACCAUGGAAACCUUUCCAAUUUUCCAGGCAGCACAGCAUGGCCUCAUAGACCAAGACACCUGUCAUGUACUGUUGGAGGCACAGGUCGUCAUGGGUGGUCUAUUCCAGCCCGACUCCCCUGAUAAACUGUCAUUAGAUAAGAGUCUUUCCAGUGGUUUGAUUGAUAAACAUACCUACCAAUCACUGGAAGAGUUAGAGCAUGCCCUUGGUCUUGUCAACACAGUAAAAUUUGCAGAGGGUCAGGAUUUACCUGUAGCCAUUGCUAUGAAAGAAGGUGUCAUAAAGGAGCUGGUGGGGCUCCGUAUACUUGAGCUGCAGAUAAGCACUGGCAGCCUGAAGUCUGGUUCCAGUGGAGAAAUGGUCAGCCUGGAUAAUGCAAGGGAAAAGGGAUUGUUAUCCCCUGAUCUUUGUCAAAAGCUGCAAUCCUGUCUUCACCGGCGAGAACUUAUUGAUCCAAAUACAGCAGAAAAACUAAGUCUGGUUGACUUUCAACAGCGAUGUGUUCUCAAUCAGGAGAAGGGUCUGCGCUUAUUUCCAGUUAAACAGAAGCAAGGAGGAACUGUCUGCUUAUGCUCUGGCAGAAAGGUGGGAAUAUUCCGAGCUGUUCAAGAGGGGCUUAUCGACCGGCAUGUCACAGUUCGACUUCUGGAGGCUCAGUUGUUUGCUGGUGGUAUCACAGACCCCCGCUCGGGACACAGAUUGACUGUUAAUGAGGCUGUCCGGCAUGGCCUGAUGGAUCAGGACUUGGCCUGCACCCUCAUGACACGACAGCUAGAAACAGGAGGAAUAAUAGAUCCAGUCAGUGGGGAGCGUCUAGAGUUGGAUGAGGCCAUAAAACGAGACCUUCUCUCUCCUCGCAUAGCCUUGCGUGUACUGGAAUCUCUCCAGUCCUUUAUGGCAAUAAUGUGGCCAGAAUCAGGCGAGCUGCUUCCUGUAAGUGAGGCACUUCAGCAGGGUGUUGUCAAUAGAGAGCUUGCUGCAAAAGCCUUGAGAAAACGUCAUUCUGUUGGUGCAGUAUAUCUGCCUGAGAGUGGACAGGUGGUCCCUCUCCAUCAAGCUGAGAAGAUACUUAAGCCACAGGCAGUGGAGAUCCUAAAACACAUCCAGGUUCAAGAUGUCCUUCCGCAUGUGUCUCCGUCAAGUUCCUUAUAUAUGAAGCGACUGAGUUCUGGAUCUGCCUAUUCUUCAUCACCCCCUGCCUCACAUGCAGAUAUCAAUUAUGACUUUUCCAUCACGGAGGAAGGCAGGUCAGACGAGCAGGUUCAAAACCACCUUCUCAGUCAAGUGAUGACACACAGCUACAUUAAUGCUCACUCAGGAGAACGCCUAGUCUUACUAGAACCAGAAUUGGUAGAAUUAAUUUGUAGAGAUAUCAAAACCGCAAACCUUGCCAGACCAGUCCAACUCCAAAUUUCUGACAACGUUAGAGUUAUGCUGGACAGCAAAGCUAUGAGUGGUACUGAAGAGGAAAAAAAUGAAGAACUCAAAAUUUCACAACAUGAAAUUGCCUGCAGGGACUCUUAUAUGGAAGAGACUGUAGAAAUGGCAGGGGAAGAUCUUGCACCCUUGAUGGUGACUAACAGAACCUUAAAAGAGCCUUUGCAUAAAGUAGUUUUGCAAGAGAAAGUUCUAUCAUCAGAAGAAUAUGAACAACCCAAGAUAAAAGGUAAAAUUGCCUGCAAGAUAACUGAUAUAGGAGAGGCAGUAGAAAGAACAGAAGAUCUAGCACCAUUGACAAAAACAAACAUCACAGAGCUUUCAAAUGAAGAGAUUCAGCAAGAAAAGGUUUUGUCAUCAAGAGACUAUGUAGAACCCAAGAUUAAAAAAGAUGAAAUUGGGGGCAGUAACAUUAAUGUGGGUGAAAGUAUCGGACUGGCAGAGCAAGAUGUUCCACACUUGGCGAGUAAAGACAGGCCCUUUAUAGUGCGUUCACAUAAAGAGAACUUGCAGGAGAAAGUUCUGUCACCAGGAAUACAUGAAAAACCCAAGUUUUUGAAAGGUAAAAUUGCCUGGACAAACACUGAUAUAGGUGAGACAGUAGAAAGAGCAGAGGAAGAUCUUGCCCCCUUGACAGGCACCGCUAGAGAUUUGAUAGUGCCUUUACAUAAAGAGAACUUACAAGAGAAAGUUCUAUCAUCAGGACAAUAUAAAGAACCCAAGAUUAAGAAAGAUGAAACCUCCAGCAAGGAGACUAACAUAGGUGAGAAAAAAGAAAGACCAGAGGAAGAUGUUGCAGCUUUAACAGGCUCAGAAAUAACCUUUAUAGAGCCUACACAUGAAGUUGUUUGGCAAGAGAAAGUUCGGUCAUCAGGAGAAUAUGAAGAACCCAUUAUUAUAAAAGGUGAAAUUGCCUACAAGAUCACUGGUAUGGGUGAGAUGAUAGAAAGAGCAGAGGAAGAUGUUGCACCCUUGACAGAUGCAGGCAGAGCUUUUGUAGAGCCAUUAAAUAAAGACAAUUUACAAGAGAAAGUUCUUUCAUCAGGACAACCCAAGAUUAAAAAAGAUGAAACCUCCAGCAAAGAGACUAACAUAGGUGAGACAAAAGAAAAACCAGAAGAAGAUGUUGCAGCUUUAACAGGCUCAGAAAUAACCUUUAUAGAGCCUACACGUGAAGUUGUUUGGCAAGAGAAAGUUCUGUCAUCAGGAAAAUUUGAAGAACCUAUGAUUAUGAAAGGUAAAAUUGCUUACAAGAUCACUGGUAUGGGUGAGAUGAUAGAAAGAGCAGAAGGAGAUCUCGCACCCUUAACAGGCACAGAAGAAACUUUUAUGGAGCCUUUACAUAGAGUUUGUCAAGAGAAAGUUCUGUCAUCAGGAGAAUGUGAUGAAUCUACAAUUUUAAAAGGUAAAGUUGCCGGGAAGAAUGCUGAUGUGAGAGAGAAAAUAGAUAGAGAGGAAAAGGAUCUUGCACCCUUGACAGGCAAAGAAGGAACCUUUAUGGAGCCUUCACGUGAGGUUUGGCAAGAGAAAAUUUUGUCAGGAGAAUGUGAUGAACCUGAGAUUAAAAAAGAUGAAAUUGACUGGAAGAACACUGAAAUAGGUGAGACUAAAGUAAAAGCAGAGGAAGAUCUUCCACUCUUGGCAGUCUCAGAAAGAACCUUUAUGGAACCUUCACAAGAAGAUUACUGGCAAAAGGAUGUUGUGUCAUUGGGACAAUAUGAAGAACCCAAGAUUGAUAUAAGUAAAAUUGCCAGCAAGAAGACUGAUAUGGGUGAAACUAUAGAAAGGACAGAGGAGUAUCUUGCACCCUCAACAGGGAAAGGCCUCAACUUAACAGUGCCUUUUCAAACAAGCUCAACCCUACCAAAGACUAAAUCAGAUAACGGGGCACCCUCUCAAAAUCAAAUUAUAGAUUCAACACUAAAUGAAUCUGAAAAUAAACAAACACUUGACCUGGAACAGGCAGAUAAUAGUGGGGUAUUUCUAAAGAUAUCAGAACAAAAGGGUGAAAGCAGUGCACGUACUUCACAUCAAGAUACUGUAAAUGUAAGACAGUAUGAUCAGCUAAAUGUCAAUCCAGAUGAUGCCAAGACAGCAAAGCAGUCAGAUGAACCGAAGAAAAUCGUUGAACACAAGGAAAAUAAAAGGAUAUUUGAACAACCUGGUAAAGAUAAGAAAUUAUACCCUUUAGAAAUUAAGACUUUGUCAGUGGAACUCAGUGAUGACGAUGUGAAGCUUGAGAGUAUGGCUUUGGAACUGCAACAAAGGGGUCUUGUAACUGUAGGUGGCCAAAAAGUUCUUCUGGAUGAAGCUGUGGCACAGGGUUUGCUUCCAGGGCACACUGCUAUUAAGCUUAUGGAAAAAGCUGGUCUCUUUGGUGGUUUUCUGGAUAUUAAUGCCUGUAAAUCACUUAGUGUUGAGGAUGUGAUGCAAGAAGGCCUGUUGGAUGAGGACUUAAUGGCCUGUGUGCUUCAUUCAGAAAAGAUUUUAGCCGGUGCGUUUGAUGUGGAGCAUGGUCGGCACUGCUCAAUAAGGGAUGCUGCUGAGGCAGGCCUGUUGGAUUCUGAUACGGCUGCUCGUCUCCUUGAAGCCCAGGUUGUGUCAGGGGGAAUAGUUGACCUACGAAGAGACAAGAAGUUAUCAGUUACCCUUGCAGCCAACUUUGGGCUGAUUGAAGAGGGUAGAAAGGAGAAGCUUCUUGCACUGGAAAAGUCAUGCCGGGGAAAAUGUUCAGAUCCAAAUGCAGUGCAAACCAAGUUGGCGCUACAGUUACAAAUGAAAGGAGUGGUGGACCCAAAAACCAAAAAUGCUGUCCCACUAGAACAAGCCCUUCAAACUGGGUUAAUUGGACAGGAUGAGGCUCAGACGAUUUUAUGCCAGCAGGUUGCAGAAGGUGGCAUUGUGCAUCCUGGCUCUGGUGUUCGCCUUGCUGUUGUGGAUGCUCUACAACUGGGUCUCAUAGAUCACACAGUUGCUCCAAAGUUGAUGGAACUUGAAAAGGAAUUCAAAGGCCAAGAACCAAGAAGUUUGGAUCAAAACACUUCACUUCUUCAGGCUUCUACAGGUUCUAUUUAUGAUGAUGCAUCAAAAAGCAGGAUUACUCUGAGUGAAGCGGUUUCUAAAGGCCUCCUAGCUGCAGAAACAGCAAAUAAAGCUAUGGACUCAUCCAACGUGAAAAGUGGAUUGUUGGAUCCUCAUAAAGCUUGUAUUGUGUCCUACUCUGAGCUGAUAAACCAGGGUAAAAUUGACAUUGAGAAACGACAAAGAUUCCUUGAAGUGAGACCUUUCAGGGGAGUUCCGCAUAAACAAACUGAUGAAAUGAUGACCCUACCACAGGCAAUUAAGACAGGCCAAAUAGAUCCCAUACCAGCAGUGAGAGUAUUGCAGAGUCAAGCAGAUACAGGGGGUAUCAUUAAUAUUUACACUGGAGAGCGUUUGCCUCUUCCAGAGGCUAUAAAUAAAGGCUUAGUUGACAAAGACAUGGCUAAAUGUAUUGCCACAAAUCAACUCUUGAAAGGGGGGUUGCUCAAUCCAGCCAGUGGACAGAAGGUCUCCAGCAUUACUGAGGCGAUUGAAUAUGGGCUUAUUUCUACUGAAAUGGCUGCAGAACUUCAACACAGCAUGGGCCUUGUAGAUGAACAUGAGAAGAAAAGUUCUAAAAUAUCAGCCUCCUCAAUGAAAGCAACUUCUAGUUCUUUUGUUCCUGAGAUGAUAUCGGAGCAUGUCAGUCCUAAUAAAAUGUCACUUGAGAAAGGUCUAUUGAGUAUACCAUCACCACCAUCAUCGUAUCUUACAGAGGCUAAAAUAAAAGAUGCAGAUCUUCGGAAACAAGAGGAGCUUGAAUCUUUUGACAUCCGUCCUGACUUAGAAAGUAAGGAAGAAUUUGUUGAUGCCGUGAUUCAGGAUAGCAAUGAUACAUCAUUGAAGGUUCUGACAGAAUUUACCUUGAAAGCAGAAAAAAGACUUCAGGAGGCCAUUGAAGAGAUAAAGCCCACAGAAAGCGAACAUAUCAAAUCACAGCCAAUCCAAAUCCCUGAGCAACCUGAAGAGAUGUCUGAUUUCAAAUGGCAAAAGUUGGAAGUUGAGAACUCAACAGCUUUACUUGACCACACCACAGAGAUGGAAAUCAAGAGACACACAGUCAAUGUAUCUGCAUUUACUACUGCCAUUUUAUCAGAAAGCAGUGAUAACAGCAAAGAACAAGUCCCAUCUACCGAGCAAACAACAGGAGAGACAGAGAUCCAAAGGCAGACAGUAAGUGAACCUGCAAUCUCUGAAGUCAGUUUCUCAGAUACCGAUGAUGGCUUACAAAACAAGGAACAAACCCCAUCUAUAGAGCAAAUAGAGGGGCAUAGUUUCAAGUUAGAAAAAGAUCAGUACAAACCAGAGAAAAUCAAGGACAGCCAAGAGACUGGAUUGGAUCCUUAUGCUUCUACAACCACAAGGCCAGUUAAAGUAUCAGGAAAGAAGAAAGGCAGAGGAAAAAAUGGCAAGCAAGCUAAAAUGGAAAGUGAUGUAAAGCUACAAGUUUCAGAAACCUCCGCCAGAAUUUCACCUAUAGAAAAAGCAGAGGUUGAUGGACAAGAUGGCUUUACCACUAAUCAAAAGCGUAUUAUGAAAGAUGACAAAGAAAAGUUGGUUGCAGUACAGCAGUCAGAGACAACCCAUGGAAGUGGUAGCACUGCACCUUUGACAGGGAGUGAUGAGACUGUACAAGGCAGAGAUUUGGAAAUAGGGGAUGAUAGAACUGAUAAUGAAACUAAGACCCCCAAAUGUGAUACUGAUCAUGAAACCAAUGAAAAACAAAAAGAGAAGACACAGAAAAGUGUCACGACUUACAUGGCAAAAACAGACCAGAGUCAGGAAGCAGUUGUGGUCUCCAAGGACCUUGGCACUGAGGUAUCAGAAAAGAAGAGAAAGAAGAAAAGCAAAAGUAAAAAAGUUAAGCAAGUGUGUAUUGUUGAAACAGAAGGUGUAGAGAAAAUAGAUGAUGAGACUGAGAAAGAGCAUAAGAUGGUGAUCCAUGAGGUCCAACCUCAAAGCAAUCAAUCAGAUGAGAAAGAAAGUAUGAAGCAACUUGAGAAAGCCAGUCAGGCAAUGGCACAGAAGGAAAUACUUUUGAUGAAAGCUAAGGAAAGUAUUCUUAGAAAGGUGUUUGAGCGAGGAGUGAGUGAAAAACAAGCUGCUGAAGAAUUAGAAGCGAUGCGUCAAGUAGCUAGUAUUGGAGAAUACCGCAUAACCACCCAAGAGGAAACUGUUGUAGAGAAGACAAGCACUAAGCCCCCUCAAAGUAAGAAGAAAGACAACAAACUACACCAGACGGGGCAAGAAAUUAAUGAAAGGGUUGAAAGGUCAGUGCCAAACAUUGCAGAGAAUCCUCUACCUGGGUCUGAUAUUGAUCCAUGCUCCUCAGCUAAAGCACAGCUUCAAAAACCAGAAGAAGAUCAGCAUGACAAGCAUACAAACACGGGAUUAAGUGGAGAUGAUAUGAAUCAGAAUAUUCCAUCUAUGAAAACAUCUGAUGACACUGUGGACAUAAACCAGAAAGAACUGGUUCUAAUCCAGAAUUUAGAAGACCCUGUGAUUGAAGUGACCUUGCCAUCAAGCACUGCAGUGACUGACAGCCGUGAAAUUGCUAAAUCAGUACCCCUCAAAUGUGUCUUUGAUAUCCCAGUAAUGAAGGACUCCAAAGCACUUCUAUCAAGUGAAGUGUGUACUCCUUUACAAAAUACCAAAACAGCAGUGAAAGAGGCAAGCAGUGAAGUUCAUCAAGAAAGAACCAAGGAGCCCCCUUUCAGUGAUUAUGAAGCCACAGAUGAACUUUCUAUCCAAAAAGUUUCUGGUCUACCCCUUAUGGAGGUGAUCUCAGAGUCAGAUACCAAACAGAAAGAAAAGGUGGAAGAAUAUGCAGAAGCUUUAGUGGAAAGGCAGGCUGGAGCAAUUCAAAUGAGUACUGAACAAAAAAGCAAAGACACUACAAGAGCUAGCAAGUCCUCACUGGCUCGCCAAGAGUGCUUAGAACAUGACCAACAGAUUGUGGCCUUGCUUUCCAUGGUGAGACACAUUGAGGUCCGCCUAAAGCAACAGCAACAGCAACAGUCCAUUGGUCGAAGUCUCUCCACACUUGAUGACAUAAUCAAACAGACAGAGAUGCUUUUUUUGGAAAUUAGUGACUUGGAACCAGAAGUGCACAAGAAGACUGAAGCAGCCACACAGCUGCUGGAGUCUUCCCCUCAGGAUGUUCCACCUCAGCUGCUUAUAGCCCUGGAAAAAGAUGGGCGAAGCUUAGCUCGGGCUUACAGUGCAGCCAGGGACCUUGCCCAGAAUACUUUGCAGGGGUUGCGAGAACAAUGUGAUGCACAAAAUGAAGCUGUAAGCAGUCAGCUGAAAUCUUUACAAGAGCAAGUUGACAAACUUCUUAGCUGGCUUAAGGAUACUGAGAUGCAAAUGCAGGAAGAAACAGGGGUAGAUGGACAAACGGUGGCUGAGAUCACUCGUAAGCAACAGCUGUGCAAGAUGUUGCAGAACUCCCUCUCUGCCCGAUCCAGUGAAGUCAGCAAUGUGGCUUUCAAUAUUCAAGUGUUUAUCUCUGAGCAUGCUCAGGACCUGUUGCCUGAUCAGAGCAGGCAUCUCCUUGGACAACUGGAGCAGCUACAGAGGGUCUUUCACCAGGCUGUUGGUCUCAAUCAUGCCAGGGCAGAGGCACUAUCAGCCCAGCAGGCCAGAGAGAACGAACGAAUGAUGAAAGAACAGAAAGAAAAAGAAGAGAAAAUGGAAAAAGAGAAACAAACUACAAGGGAUAGAGAGGUUGUGCAGCAGCAGAAGGCAGAAUGCUCUCAAAAACUGGAGAAUCUCACAAUGUGGUUGGCUGGUGCUGCCAGCCUUCUGGCCAGUCAGAGAGUUGGAACUGAGUCAGAUGAUGUGAACGAGUUACAGCAGAAGCAAAGAGAGCUUAAGGAGGUGGAGAAGGACCUUCAGACCAAAAGUGACCAGUUGACUGAGACUAUACGCUCAGUGGAGGAGUUCCUGUCUGAUCGGGGUGAUAGUUUGAGUCCUGAAGAGAGGGCCAAACUACAGGGGACUCUUUCACAAAUGAAAGAGCAGCACAGCUCACUUACAAACUCAGUCCGCUCUUCACUAGCUAAAGUAGACACUGCCAUUGUCACAACAGUGCAGCAGAACACACAAAAAGCUAAAGCAGAAGAGCAGAUGCAGGAGACACAGGAAAAAAUAGACACACUUCUCAGAGAAUUGUCAUCACUGGAUGACUCGAAGAGGAGGUCACUUGGCUACACUGUCACUGACACCCCUUCAUCUGGACCACCAGAGAAUGCUCUGAAUUCUCACAGUGACAUGCUUCAGACUGAGCUGCAACAGUUACAAGCUCAACAGGCUCACCUUCAGCAGGUGGCCCAGUCUGUCCACUCUCUCCUGGAACAACCUGACUCCAGUGUGCCACCAGAGGAGAAACAACGCUUACGGGCAAAACUAGAACAACUACAGAGUCAGCAUCAGGAGCGCCUUCAGAACUGUCAGGACAGGCUCAGGCGGACAGAUGCCCUCAGAGAUGAGUUUGCCAAGUUUGUGCAGGAGCAUGGGAACCUCGGGACAUGGUUGGAUCAGAGUGAACAAGAACUACGUAUACUCGGGGAAGGGGAAACUGAUGCAAAGGGUCUAAAAGACAGGAUAGAGGAGCACAAAAAGCUUGCAGAAGAUGUCAUCUGUCACAAAGCUGAUCUACGCUUUGUGACAAUCUCUGGGCAGAAGGUUCUGGAUUCUAUCCAGGGGGCCUUGGAGAAGGUGGGCAGUACGGAUCCAGCUCUGGAGGAAACCAGACACCUAGUGAGUGGCAAGCUCCAAGAUGCCACACAGCGCUACAGUUCAUUACACAGCAAGUCCUCAGAACUUGGCACCCGUCUCUCAGGUCUCCUGGAACGAUUCCAACACUACCAAGAUGAGGCUGGUUCUUUAGGCUCCUGGCUGAGCACUCAGGAGCAAAAUCAGAGUGUAUUUAAACCCAGUGGAGAGCAAACGGACACUCAGACAUUGCAGCAUACUCUCAGUACUGUACAGCUGUUGCAGGAUGAGUUGGCAGAGCGUUCGGUACAGCUUGAGAAGGUCAAGAGGGCAGGAAAUGAGCUGGUCAGCACUCAGGAGUCCCCAACUCUCAAAAAUGCAGAUAUUAACAAUCUUACAGAUACUCUGGAGAAGCGCUUUGAAACCCUGUCUAAUUCAGUGUCAGUGAGAGCUGAACAGCUUCAAACCGCUGUUGCCCAAUCAGUCAGCGUUCAGGAGGGACUUAAAGCACUGCUGGCGUGGUUAGAUGGACUACCUUUAUCACCUGGCGCAGUCCAGCCCACUGCUCAAGCAGUUCAGGAUGCCCUGACACAAAAUCAGAAAUUACGUCAGGAACUGCUUUCAAGGCAGGGCAGCGUGGAUGCAACCCUGGACUCUGUAUCCAAGCUUCUGAAGUCUGCAGAUGCAUCGACAGCGUCUGGCCUGCAGGGGGCACUACAGGACUUGAGUCAGCGCUACACAGCGGCCCAGGCCAAACAGACCACAAGAGAGACUGAGUUGCGGGGACUUUUGCCCAAGUUGGAGAGCUUUGAGCGCCAGAGUGCAGACCUCCGCAGCUUUACACAGAGUCGAGAAAGGGCUCUCAGCCCAGUAGGCCAACCGGACUGCAGCGUGGAUGACUACAAACAGACCAUAGAGGAGGUGAGAUCAGAAAUUACCCAAGAGUCAAGUCAAUUAAAGUCAUUUGUCGAGCUCGGUUCAGACCUAAGCAAGUCUGGGAUCCUUGCCAAUGCACAAAGCCUUCUGGACACAACCAAAGAAGUUUCUGAGGACUUUUCACGCUUGGAAUCCAAUGUCAAUAAGAGUUUUGAUUCCAUCCAGAGCUGCGUCCAGCAGCUGGCAGAUUUCCGCUCUCGCUCUGGCUCGCUCCUCAGGUGGCUGCAGACAGUACAAGAACAACUUCCUGCCAAAGAGCCUAACUUAAGCACAGAAAGCCUGCAGAGAAGAGCACAGCAGCUUAAAGAUCUGCUCACAGAAUGGGAGACCCAAGGAAGCCAAGUUCAGGAGUUGAACAAGACCAGUUCACAACUGGAGAACUUGAUUAUUAACAUCACGUCUCCCAAGAACAAGACUGGUGUUUCCCAGCUCAAUGGUGCUUCCAGCCCCAACAGUGUUAAUGGCAUUCACACCUGUAAAGACUUGACUGAGAUCCAGGUGGCAGUGGCAGAUGUGAACUGCAAGUAUGAGCAGCUGGGCAGUGACAUGAGGGAAAGGAAGGGUAAGCAAGAGGCCUCUCUUGACCUGCGGCAGAAGGCCAGGCAGAGCACUGAGGCACUCAUCCAGUGGCUGAGCCCCCGUGAACAGAGCCUGGCACAAGGGCAGACCGCCUCACCUUCUCGGCCAGAGGCAGUGCGUGCUCAAGCCCAAGAAACCAAGGUUUUACUUACUGAGCUUGCCGACCAUUCUGGAAAAGUGGAGGAUCUAAAAAACCUUCUCAAUCAGCUAAUAACAGAUAAUCCUGAUUCUCCUGAUGCUGAGACUUGGAAACGUCAGCUUGAAGACAUCGACUCACGGUGGACAAAAGCCAAUCAGACUGCAGCACAUAGGCAGACUGAAUUGGAAGCGUGUGCUGAUAGGCUGGGUAGUUUUGCUGCAGCAGCCAGUCAGCUAGGACCAUGGCUACGAGAGAAAGAGCUGAUGAUGAGCGUAUUAGGCCCACUGAGUAUCGACCCCAACAUGCUCAACACACAGAAACAGCAAGUGCAGUUCAUGUUACGUGAGUUUGAGACACGGCAACCCCAGUUUGACCAGCUGUCUCGAGCGGCAGAGGGAAUCCUCUCCCCGUCUGGAGAUGAGGGUUCUAGAGAUGGACAGGACCUAGAGGAGGUGAGGCAGGAGCUGGCAGACAUUUCACAGCAAUGGGAAGGCCUCACCUCUCGUCUCACCGGCCGCUCGCAGCAGAUCGACCAGGCGCAGGGAACCAGUGAGCGCUACCUGGCCCUGCUCAGAGAGCUGUCUCAGAGCGUGACCGAUCUAAGCGAGAGGCUGGAUGCACAGGCCUCUCUAAGCGCUCAGCCUGAUGCCCUGCGCCGUAGGCUUCAGGAAACUGGGGAGAUCCGUGCUGAGCUGGAACAGAGACGGGGUCAACUGGCCCAGGCUGAGCAGCUGUGUGCAGAGCUCAGCACAAUUGUGGCCGAACUGUAUCUCAGAGAUGAGUUACACAAGAGACUGGAGAGUGUGAGCGGCCCCCUCAAAAACCUAGAAGAACGGGCUGCUGAUGGCUUGUCCCAGCUGCAGGCCGCCCUGUCCAGCACUCAACAGUUCCAGCAGAUGUUUGACGAGCUUCGUAGCUGGUUGGACGGGCAGGCUGGGAAUCACACAGCUGGGGCUUCUGAAGCCCUUCCUUGCCAACCUGAUGCUCUAAAGUCCCUUCUGGCCCAACAAGAGGAUCUCCAGCGAGCCAUAGCACAACAACGUGGAUCCUAUGAGCUCAUCCAGGCUGAGGGGGCAUCUCUACUGGCAUCCCUCCCCGCUGGAGAUGAGCGAUUAGCCCUACAGACUCGACUAAACAUCUUACGGCAAGACUGGGAGGGCAUGAACCAACAAACCUCUAAUAAACACAGUCGAAUAAAAGAGACACUGUCCCGUGCUGAGCUGUACCAACAACAUCGCAAUGAGCUUGUACCUUGGGUUGCAGAAUGUGAGGAAAGGGAGGCGGAGAUCCACCCAUCACUGGAUCCCGCCACCUUAGACGAGGCUUUGCAAAAGGCUAGACAGUUAAGUCUGGACUUGGAUCGUCGUCGCCCUCUCUUAGAAUCUCUGAACACGGCAGCAGAUCAGCUGCUGGAACAGAGCUGCACUGGUGAAGAGGAAGUGAGGGAUGAAAAAGCCCAGCUUAAUCGCAGGAUAGACGGUCUCUCUGAGCGACUACAGGGCCGUACGGCUCAGCUAGAAGAGUUGGGAAGCAGACUGAAGGAGUUUGAAGAUGGGAGACUGGCUGUUGAGAGACGACUCGAGGCAGCCAAGCAUCAGAUCGAGGUUCAGGAGGCGCUCGGGCCGCAAGCUUGUAGCAACAAAAGCCUGGAGCGUCUGCGUAGCCAACAGGAACUGUUAAACUCUGUACAGCCGCAGGUGGUGUACCUACGAAAUCUGGCUCAGGGGCUGCUGCAGGAUGCGCCCGAGAUCUCCAGGGCCGGCGAAGAUGGCGGCCAGAGGCUGUUGCAGCAAGCUCGUGAUACGGAAAAAGAGUUUGAAGAAGUUACUGAGAAGACUGAGCAAUGCUGCUCAUCCUUGGAGUCCCGCUUGCAAGGUGUGGGAGAGGUCCAGUCACGUGUUCGAGAUGUUUUCUCCCGCCUGGCUGAUUUGGAUGAUGAGUUGGACAGCCUUAGCCCUGUGGGGCGGGAUGCUGACUCCUUGGCCUCACAGGCUGAUGCUGUCAGGGGCUUCCUGAGUCGACUCGACGCACUCCGUGCCGAGCUGGAGAGUCACAGUGGAGAAUGCACGACUAUGCUCCGUAGAGAGGGGAGCUCACCUGAUCUUCUGGCCCUCAGAAGAGAGACUGAAGCCCUGAGCAGACAGGCAGGCAAGCUGGCAGAGCGGGGCCAGAACCGUCUGGCACUCAUAGAGGCAGCAGAAGAGCGUGUGAAGGAGUUCUACGGCCGUCUAGCUGACCUACAAGGGUUGUUGGGGCGAGCAGAGGAGGCGCUGAACACACAGGCUGUCGUGGGGACAGAAGUGGAGGUCAUCAAACAGCAGCUUCAGGAAUUCAAGGCCGUAGAAAGGGAGCAGAUAGACAGCAUUCAGCCCAAACUGCAACAUGUCAACGCUGUGGGUCAAGGUCUUAUCCAGAGUGCAGCCAAACACACUGACACUCAGGCCCUGGAACAUGACUUGGAAACCACCAACCUGUGCUGGAACUCCCUCAACAAGAGGGUUGCUGAAAGAAUCGCACAGCUGCAGGAGGCCCUGUUGCAUUGUGGGAAGUUUCAAGAUGCUCUGGAGCCACUCUUGAGCUGGCUGAGUGACACAGAGGAGCUCAUAGCCAAUCAGAAACCCCCGUCUGUUGAGUACCGUGUGGUCAAGGCACAAAUUCAGGAGCAGAAGCUGCUCCAACGGUUGCUGGAUGACCGCCGUGGGACGGUAGAGAUGAUCAGGGCAGAAGGAGAGCGUAUCGCUGCUACGGCUGAGACACAAGAUAGAGACAAAAUUCAGAAACAACUUAAGAGCCUAGGAGAGAGAUGGACAAAUCUGCUGGAAAAGGCCAGCGCCAGGCAGCAGCAGCUAGAGGAGCUGCAGGUUUUGGCGCUGCAGUUCCACGAGGCAGUGGAGCCGCUCGGUGAGUGGUUGAGCGCAACAGAGAGACGCCUGAGCUCUGCUGAGCCAAUGGGAACCCAGACCUCCAAAAUCACACAGCAGAUUGUAAGGCACAAGGCUCUCCAAGAGGAGGUAUCCUCUCGGGAGAAUGGUGUAAACCAUCUUGAGACUCUCAGUCAAUCACUGCACCCGCUCAGCUGUGCGGCUGAUCGUGAUUGGCUGGGCGAACGUGUGGCGGCAGUGCGCAACGGACACACGGAGCUGCGCGAUUGGUGCAGUCGGAGAGAGGUCAUGCUGGAGCAGGCCCUGGCCAAUGCACAGCUAUUUGGAGAAGAAGAGGUGGAAGUCCUUAACUGGCUAGCUGAGGUGGCCCAGAGACUGGCGGAGGUCUCAGUGCAGAGUUAUCAGCCGGAGCUACUAGAGCAGCAACACAAACACACACUGGCUCUUAAUGAAGAGAUUAUCAGCAGGAAGAAGACAGUGGACCAGGCCAUUAAGAAUGGACAGGCCCUGCUUAAACAAACCACUGGUGAGGAGGUCCUGUUGAUUCAGGAGAAGCUAGACGGCAUCAAAAGCCGCUACGCAGAGAUGACAGCAGGCAGCAGCAAAGCCCUCCGUACUCUGGAACAGGCCCUUCAGUUGGCCACGCGAUUCGCAAGCUCGCACGAUGACAUCAGCCAGUGGUUGGAUAGCGUGGAGGCGGAGCUUAACAACAUUGAGUCAGACACAACACCAGCCUAUCAGGACAGACAGAGGGAGCUGAAGUGCGUGUCUGCUGAGAAGAGGUUAGUUCUGGACACAGUGAAUGAGGUGGGCAGUGCUUUACUGGAUCUGGUACCCUGGCGUGCACGAGAAGGCCUGGACCGCCUGGUCGCCGAUGCCAAUCAGCGUUACCGCCAAGCCGAAGAGACCAUCACACAGAGAGUGCAGUUAGUGCAGGCUGCCAUCCAAAGGUCACAGCAGUAUGAGGAGGCAGUUGAUGCAGAGCUGGCCUGGGUUGGAGAGACCGAGAGGAAGUUGGCGUCUCUGGGGCCUUUGAGUCUGGAGCCUGAUGUGACUGUGGCUCAGCUCCAGGUGCAGAGAGCCUUUAACAUCGACAUCAUCCGUCACAAAGACACCGUGGACCAACUCCUUAAGACACAAGAGGAGAUCCUGGAGAGCUGCAGCGAACAACAGAGAGAGGCUUUGAAGGUGAAGACGGACUCUUUAAGUGCUCGUUAUGAAGCAGUGAAUCAGAGUCAUGCUGAGCGCUUCUCAGCUCUAGAGCAGGCUCAGGUGCUAGUAGCGCGGUUCUGGGAGACGUAUGAGGAACUUGAACCCUGGCUGGGCGAGACAGAGACUCUGAUUACCCAGUUACCCCCUCCUGCCAUCGACACAGAAGCACUCAGACAACAGCAAGACCAGAUGAGGCUUCUGAGAGAGUCCAUCGCUGAGCAUAAGCCUCACAUAGAUAAAAUGCUAAAGAUCGGCCCACAGCUGGCUGAACUGAGUGCCCAGGAAGGGGCAACAGUAAGACAACGUUAUAAUGAAGCAGAGAGACGUUACCUCGGCAUCAAAGAGGAGGUCAAAGGUCGAGCCACAGCACUGGAUGAAGCAGUGUCACAGUCUGUCCAGCUGGUAGAGUUCCAUGAUAAGAUGGACCCUCUGUUGGAGACUUUGGAAGGUGCGGUCCAACGCUUGCGGCAGCCUCCUCCAGUGGCGGCUGAGGUGGAGAAGAUCCGGGAGCAGCUUGCGGAGCACAGGGCAACAGGACUAGAACUGGACAAACUCCUUCCAUCUUUCAGUGCCCUGUGUGCCCGAGGAGAAGAGCUCAUCAGUCGCGCCCCACAUGACGAUCCUGCUGCCCAGGCGGUGCAUUCACGUCUCUUGCGGCUGCGCUCUCUGUGGGAUGAGAUCAGGCAGAGGGCAGAGGAGAGAGAAGGAAAGCUUCAGGAUGUUCUAGAUCUCGCCGGAAAAUUCUGGGCUGACAUGGCCGCUCUGCUGAGCACACUCCGUGAUUCUCAGGACAUUGUGAAAGAUCUGGAGGACCCAGGGGUGGAUCCCUCACUUAUAAAACAACAAAUAGAGGCAGCAGAGGCCAUUAAGGCAGAGACAGAUGGGCUGAGGGAAGAACUGGAGAUCGUACAAACACUUGGAGCUGACCUCAUCUUUGCCUGCGGAGAGACUGAGAAACCAGAGGUCAAGAAGACCAUCGAUGAGAUGAAUGCAGCCUGGGAAGGCUUGAACCGCACGUGGAGAGAGAGAAUGGAGAGACUGGAAGAGGCCAUGACUGCCUCUGUGCAGUAUCAGGAUGCUCUUCAGGGCAUGUUUGACUACCUGGACAACGCUGUGAUCAAAUUGUGUGACAUGCCAGCUGUAGGGACGGACCUCAGCACGGUUAAACAACAGAUUGAGGAGCUCAAGCAAUAUAAAGUGGAAGUUUACCAGCAGCAGAUUGACAUGGAGAAGCUUUCCCACCAAGGAGAGCUGCUGCUCAGAAAAGUGAGCGACCAAACAGACCGAGACAUGAUACAGGAGCCUCUCACUGAGCUACGCCACCUAUGGGACAACCUGGUGGACAAAAUCACAAUCAGACAGCACAAACUGGAGGGUGCGCUGUUGGCUCUAGGUCAGUUCCAGCAUGCUCUCUCUGAGCUGCAGUCUUGGCUCAGUCACACUCACGCCACACUGGACACCCAGCGACCCAUUAGCUCUGACCCCAAGGCCAUCGAAAUUGAGCUGGCUAAGCAUCAUGUUUUAAGAAACGACGUGCUGUCCCAUCGGGCUACAGUGGAGACGGUGAACAGCGCAGGUUCUGAGCUGCUGGAGUCCAGUCCUGGAGACGAAAUCAACCACCUGAGAGACCAGCUGGAUGAGCUCAACCGCAGCUGGAAGAACCUUCUGCUGAAGACUGAUGAGAGGCAGAAGCUUUUGGAAGCUGCCCUGCAACAGGCGGAGGGUUUCCAUGGAGAGUUGGAGGAGUUUCUGCAGUGGCUCAGACGCACAGAGAGUCAGCUGUCCGCUGCCAAACCCACAGGUGGCCUGCCUGAGACCGCCAGAGAGCAGCUGCAGCAACACAUGGAGCUCCAGGCUCAAUUGACCCAGAGGAGUGAGCAGUACCAUCGGCUACUAGAUCAGGGAGAGUCCAAUUUGCUGGCCAGAGGAGGGGAGGAUGCUGGACCUGGUACCACCCAGACCCAACAGAACCUGGCCAUGCUACAGAACAAGUGGGCCAGUCUCAAUGCCAAAAUGGAUGACAGAAAUGGUAAACUGGAGGAAGCUGUCUCAUUGGCGACAGGAUUCCAGACCUCCCUGCAGGACACCAUAAACUGGCUGACACAGUCGGAGCAGACUCUCAACAUGGCUCAGCCACCCAGCCUCAUUCUCGACACCGUCCUAUUCCAGAUAGAUGAGCACAAGGUGUUUGUGAAUGAGGUGAACACUCACAGAGAGCAGGUUCUGGCUCUUGAGAAAGCUGGCUCUCAGCUGCGGUUUGCCAGUCUCAAACAGGAUGUGGUUCUGAUCAAGAACCUGCUGCUCAGUGUACAGGCCCGCUGGGACAAACUGGUGCAGAGAUCACUAGACCGAGGACGGCACCUGGAUGAGGCCCGCAAGAGAGCCAAACAGUUUCAUGAGGCCUGGAGGAAACUGACAGACUGGUUGGAGGAAGCAGAGAGCAGGCUGGACUCUGAGCUGGAAAUCUCUAAUGAGCCUGACAAGAUUAAAAUCCAGCUGGCUAAACAUAAGGAGUUCCAGAAGUCUCUUGGCUCAAAGCAGCCGGUGUAUGACACGACAGUGCGCUCUGGGAAGGCCAUGAGAGACAAGGCCACACUGUCCGCGGAUACACAAAAACUGGACAACUUGUUGGGCGAGGUCCGUGACAAGUGGGACACAGUUUGUGGAAAGAGCGUGGAGAGGCAACACAAGUUGGAGGAAGCCCUCUUGUUCUCAGGUCAGUUUGCUGAGGCUCUCCAGGCAAUUGUUGACUGGCUGUAUCGUGUGGAACCUCAGCUUGCAGAGGACCAGCCUGUCCAUGGAGAUCUGGAUCUUGUUUCCAACCUAAUGGAUUCCCAUAAGGUCUUCCAGAAAGAGCUGGGGAAAAGGACCAGUAGUGUGCAGGCUCUGAAGCGGUCUGCCCGAGAGCUGAUGGAGACAGGCCGGGACGACACCGCCUGGGUCAAAGUUCAAGUGCAGGAGCUUAGCAACCGCUGGGAAACAGUCUGUGCCCUGUCCGUUUCCAAACAGACCCGGCUCCAACAGGCUCUCAAACAGGCAGAAGAGUUCCGCACAGCUGUUCAAAUGUUGCUAGAGUGGCUUUCGGAGGCGGAGCAAACAUUGCGUUUCCGGGGCAUCCUGCCAGAGGAGGCAGAGACUCUGCAGGCGCUACUGCACACGCACCGCGAUUUCAUGCAGACGGUGGAGGAGAAGAGAGUGGAUGUGAAUAAGGCUGCUGGCAUGGGUGAAGCCAUCCUAGCUGUGUGCCACCCAGACUGCAUCACAACCAUCAAACACUGGAUCACCAUCAUCAGAGCUCGCUUUGAGGAGGUGCUGACGUGGGCCAAACAGCACGAGCAGCGCUUGGAGACGGCCCUGACUGAGCUGCUCAACAAUGCUACACUACUGGAGGAGCUGCUGUCAUGGCUACAGUGGGCAGAGACCACACUGGUGCAGCGUGAUACUGAACCACUCCCCCAGGACAUUACUCAACUGAAGACACUAAUCUCAGAGCAUCAGAUGUUUAUGGAAGAAAUGACCCGGAAACAACCUGAUGUUGACAAAGUGACAAAGACAUACAAGAGGAAACCAGCAGAACAUCCCAGCAGCCUUUCAGACAGGAGAGGGUCCCGAAAACACCAGCAGCAGCAGCAGCACUCAGUACAGGUAACCAGUGGUAACCCUCGCCUCACUCAGCUCUGCUCCCGCUGGCAACAAGUGUGGCUGCUCGCCCUCGAUCGCCAGCGCAAGCUGAAUGAUGCUCUCGACAGACUAGAGGAGCUUAAAGAAUUUGCCAACUUUGACUUUGAUGUGUGGAGGAAGAAAUACAUGCGCUGGAUGAACCACAAGAAGUCUCGAGUCAUGGACUUCUUCCGACGCAUCGACAAGGACCAGGAUGGAAAGAUCACCCGCCAGGAGUUCAUCGAUGGCAUCUUGGCAUCAAAGUUCCCUACCAGCAAGCUGGAGAUGACAGCUGUUGCUGAUAUCUUUGACCGUGAUUGUGAUGGCUACAUCGACUAUUAUGAAUUUGUGGCUGCUUUGCACCCCAACAAAGAUGCUUACAGACCCACAACAGACGCUGAUAAGAUCGAGGAUGAGGUCACAAGACAAGUGGCCCAGUGUAAGUGUGCCAAGAGGUUUCAGGUGGAGCAGAUUGGAGAGAACAAGUACAGGUUCUUCCUUGGGAAUCAGUUCGGAGACUCCCAGCAGCUGCGUCUUGUACGAAUCUUGCGCAGUACAGUCAUGGUCCGGGUUGGAGGAGGGUGGAUGGCGCUGGAUGAAUUCCUGGUGAAGAACGACCCUUGCCGAGUGCAACAUCCAGGACUUAAAAUCUUCCGUUCUGACUCCAGCAGCUCCAUAUCAUCUCGCAUAGUGACGGUCACUCCUGGCUAUUUCUGCUGCAGAGCUCGUGGACGUACCAACCUGGAGCUUCGAGAAAAGUUUAUUCUUCCAGAGGGAGCUACGCAGGGUCUGGCGGCCUUCCGGUCCCGGGGUCGUCGUUCCAAACCUUCUUCGCGCACGGCUUCGCCUACCCGUUCAUCUUCAUCAGCAUCGCACAGCGCUCACAGCUGCGCCUCUCUACCCUCCGCACCCGCAACACCCACAGCCUCCUCAAGGUCCUCCCAAUCCCAAUCUCGUGGCUAUGCCAAGCCCUGGCUGGCACACAGUAAAACUCCAACACCAACCAAGUGCCAGUCCUGCCCAGAGCACAGCCAGACCCCUGGGCAUGAGGGAGGCUCCACAUCUAAACUGAAAAGACCAACUUUCCAUUCCAGCCGUGGCUCCUUAACCGGUGAGAACGGUGGAACACCAACCGCUGCUAAACCUGGACGCUCCGACACCAAACGCACUCCGUCCUCGACGAGCGGCCCAGCCAGUCGAGCAGGGAGUCGCGCUGGAAGCCGAGCCAGCAGCCGAAGGGGCAGCGACGCGUCAGACACGUCUGAGCUCAUGGAGACACGCUCGGCUUGCUCCGAUACCUCAGACACCCCUCGCCGGCCUGGGGCCAAACCCUCCAAAAUCCCCACCAUCUCCAAGAAGGCCCCCAGCCCCAAAACACCAGCGGGCAAGAAAUGAAGCCUCCACCCUGUCUAUCAGUCUAAGUGACUGACUCCGAGGUGGUUGUGAUUUAACCAGCAGGGGGAGAACACAACACCUUCCUCUCUCCAGCGUCCAGCACAGCCGCACACUGCUACACCACCCAGAUCAAUACCUACCAUAAUGCUGCCUUAUUUGUGUUCUACAUCAUGUCCUCAAUUUGACUGACAUUGUGUUUUUUCUUGAAUGUGCGAUGGAGAGCAUCCACAUAUCUACACAGACACUCAGGAGGGACGUCAGUCCUGCACCAGGGGUUUUCACUAUUCUUCACAUGAAUAUGCAACCGCCCGUCACUCUCCAAAGCUCAUGCAUGGUUGUCACUUGGGUUGGACAAAGUCGCCCCUUUCAAGUGUAUACAGACCAGUCUCGCCUGAGUGUCUGCCACCGCAAACAAGAGGAAAUCAAUUAAAAACAGAGACGUUUUCCUCCUGGACACUUGGGACUUUUUGGACUCAUGUAUGUUUGUGUGUGUGUGUGUGUGUGUGUGUGUGUGUGUGUGUGUGUGUGUGUGUGGUAGUUCCUGUCAUGGUAAAUUAACGCAGUUAUACGGAGAGGAAGUGGAGGAGGAUACAUAUCUCUAGCCUUCCCACGGCGUGAAGAUUCUUGAAGACUAGAUCCCUCACGUCACACGUGAUCCUUUCAAAGGAAGUCCUAUAGCACACGUUCGCACCGAAGGUCUUCUCCGCCGUGUGUCCACGCAGUCUAGUUGUGUCCUUUUGUUACAGACAUCAUGUUUCAGAGCUUUUCCACAGUAUGCAAAAAAUGAUUACAAUUGUGAAUGUUUGUUUCAUGGUUAAUUUAUAAUCCUGACAUUUUUGUUUCUUUUCUAGAGUAAAGAGCGGUAUUUAUUUGUGAUUGCAGUAUCAUAUCAACUCUUAAGAAUGACUAGUAUUAACACAACCAGAAUCACUCUGGGUUUCGUUUUUGUACAUCUGCUCCUGACGUAAUGAAUUUCUCCGACUGAUGUUAUAACUGACCAGGAAGCUUACUGAUUUCCAAUGGUGGCCUUUUUGCUGGUGACUACACGCUUUAGAUGCCGUCAACAGUGGCUUCCUACUUGUUCUUUCUUGAUGGAAGCACCCUAAAUAAUGAAUGAUGGGGGCGGCUUGUGUAGCCCCCGUUAAAAACGGCGCUUUGAAUCUUGUCUUUGACGAGCUGAAGAAUAUGAAUACCUGAAGAAAGGUGAUUUUUAUUUAUUUAUUGUGUCAUUGGGAGGGAGGUGAGGGCUGUGAAAGGAUCCACCUUUUGAUUGUGUUACUCUUUUGACAAGACUGAGAGAAACAGGGGUGCAAUUGUGUAAAAGUAAAGACGUUAUGAUUAUAAAUCCUUUUUGUUCUCUUUUGUAUUAAAACAAUGCUUGCAGUAAAA